AUGAAUUUCCUGUUUAAUACUUCAUUUCUUAUAUCUCUUUUAUGUUUUGGGUCUAGCGAAGCUAGUAUAUGCCCUAAAAACACCUUAGUUUUUCAAAAUAGCCUAAUUCGCGCUCAACGUACUCUUAUAGUCAAUUGCAAAUCUAAAGACAAUGAUCUAGGCGAUCACUAUGUGAAAUUUAAAGAUCCUGCAUAUAAUUUUAGUUUUCAUGAUAAUGUCAUUUUCACUACACAGUUCGACUGUUCCUUGUACUGGGAUCAAGACAAUUUGGCAUUUCAUAAAACGUUUGCAGCAUAUAUAGGUGCUGCCGUUUACAGAUGUGGUGCACUAUAUGUAUGGAACGCACGAGAUGAUGCUAUCUACUUAUCAAAAGACCGUAAGCCUGAAAAAUUCAUGUAUGAUUGGCUUGUACAAUAA